AUGACUGAAGUUCAUAACAACAACCAACAACUAAAACCGGUCAAUAUGGUGAAGGUCUUGCCUGUAUUCAAACCCGAAUCCUCAAAUACAGUCGUUAAUAACACUGUUAGUCAAAGUGCACCUAAGAACCCAGUUAAUGUUAUCGGUAAACGUCAAAUCUACAUCAACAGAUCUGCCAAAGCACUUGGGGCCACUGGAACCCCCGUUAUACUACCAUCAGGAAAACAACCUAACCGGUGCAUUCAAAUUGUCCCUCAGUCGUCCCCAACACCCAGUCAAAUGCCAACAAAUGGGAUUGAAAAACAGGAAAGUCCCCACAACUCAUCGCCAUACCUGGAGCCAAAGUCCACUUCCCCAAUGAAAACCUUUCGAUCACGCAGAAAUGAAAUUAUUGACAAUGCCAUGAAGCGAAUGGCCGAGAAGUUCAACAUCAGGUCCACUCUAAAACAGUCCACCAAGCCAUUAUCCCUCUUCCUUCGAAAGGCAAUAAAACAUGAAGAAGACGAAGAAGAAGAAGAUGCAACUGCCGUUGUCCGUUCACGGAUGCCGAUACGCGUUCAUCCACAUGCAAAUCGGAGAUUCAGUGUGCUGAAGUACAAUAAGGAGGAUGUUGAGUUGUACUCUAAAGAGGAGGUAUUCCUUCAACGCGAGAACAACAUGGAUUCCUACUCCAAGUGCAUGGAGAAGAAGCCUACAUAUGGAGGUGGUAGUGAGUUUGGAGCAGACAGGAGACGGAAUCCUCGAUUUCGAAGACAACAAGAAGGCAGUGAUGUGGAAGAAUACUCGACGGAAAAGCAGCCCUUGCUGCUCACUGUUGGCAAAGGAGAAAGUGCUAAAAAUUAUCGAGGUGUGGGGGAGGGGACAUUAACUGGUAGUGCAUACUUCAUCUUCACUCAGAGGAGCGAUGGAGGCUUUGAUGCCUAUCCGGUGUCUGAAUGGUAUAGAGUGAAACAAGUCGUGAAAAGUAAGCGUUCCAAUGAGGAGGGAGGAGAGGGGAAGGUUUCUGUGAGAGAUAGAAUCUACAACAACUUUGAUCUCUUGCGAAAUGCCAAGCAUGAAAUGAGGAAACGACCUAUGAGAUCGAGACUUGUAAUUUCAGAAUUUGACGAGUGGAAGAUCUACGAUCGAAGUGAUGAUGAUGAAGUGGGAUCGGGGGACGAAGAGUCUGAUAUUAAGGAGAUAAUAGCCCAGAAGAGGUUGGAAGAAAGGCGACGACGUAGAAGCAAUAAACGCAGAGGUCGACCUGCUGCAACUCGUCGAAAACACAAGAAUAAUUUUACUUUCGGUUCGGACGAGGAGGAGGAUGGAGGACACUUCGACAUGAAUGGUGAGGAAAGUGAUAUGGAUGAUUAUGACGAGUAUGAACUGGACUAUUUGACAGAUUCCACUUCGGAUGAGAAUGAACUCUCCGAAGAAGAGAGAGAAAAGCUUUACGACUUACAGGGUGUUGAACAGGAGAUGGGAUUCAUUAGCGGUGAUGAUGACGAUGAUGAGGAAGAUGAAAAUAGAGACGGUUGCAAGGAAGAGGUGAAGGAAAAGGGAAGGAAUGGUGGAGAAGACACAAAGGGAGAAAUACGGGCAGGCACACAAACUCAACAACAAAAUCAAAGGAUUAGUAGAGAGGUAUUCCUUGACGAGAUGAAGAAGACCGAGAAAUCGUCUUUGUCUUCAUCUUCUUCNUCUUCAAGUAGUUCUUCUGAUACUGAAGAAGAUUUCAAUGGUCAGUCUCAACUGAAGAGUGAACUGUCUUCAGGACCUUCACACUGUUUGCAAUCGUUCUCUUCAGGGAUGAAAAAAACCCCACCGGUUGCUUCACAAAUAUUCACACCUCCUCCAAAACGUUUCAAACCAAGUGAAAUUUCUCCUCCACCUCCUUCUAAUCCGCCAGUUAAAUCCUCACAUGAAAAUUUAUUUGACACCAUUCGAAAUUACCUCCUGCGUAGGCCAAUCACAAUGCAAGAACUUUUGAGGAAGCUGGGAGCAAGAGGUCUGCUCACUUCGGAUAGCACUCGCAAUACUUCCAUCGUGACACAAAUUUUGCAGGAAUUGAAACCGCUGCGGCAUUGCUUUUAUGGGAAACCACAAUUCUAUCUCAGACAAUGA